CAAUGCAUUGUGGAACUUUACGUAAAGCAAACAUGGCGGCCGCCUGUGUGCGACGGCUCGGUAAGGUCGGCCGGUGUUUUCUGGAGACUCGUUCCGGUACCAUCUCCUACCUACUGGGAAAUGUGGGCGCACACGGAUCUAGAAGGGCGUACAGUACCGGCGAACCGGGAUUUCGGUCCAAACUGCUCACCUCCGUGCGGGCAGGAGCAGGCAGUGCGCUGGGCUGCGCUUUUCUGUUAGGUGGAGGUUUAGGUUUAUAUCAGACGGUAAAGCUGUCCGUGCAGCAGCACCUGGCUGACGAGGACAGAAAGGAUAAUGGAGCCUCGUUUCAGGUGUCUGGCGACGGUUUGAAGCUGACUCUGUACCAGUACAAGACCUGCCCGUUCUGCAGCAAGGUGCGGGCCUUUCUGGACUACUACGGCCUGGAGUAUGACAUUGUAGAGGUGAACCCGGUGAUGAGGCAGGAGAUCAAAUGGUCAUCUUACAGAAAAGUGCCCAUCUUGAUGGUGGACGGAGAGCUGCAACUCAACGACUCAUCAGUCAUCAUCAGCUCCAUCAGAACGUUUAUGACCAACAAGGAGAAAAAAAUGUCUGACAUUGUCCGCUGCUACCCAGAGAUGAAGUCUUUGAACGAAAGAGGGAAGGAGGUGAUGGAGUACAACAACAAGUACUGGUUGAUGCUGAGCGAGGCUGAGACCGGAGCACUUUACCCUGAGAAGGGGAUGCAGAAUUUUUGUCCCAGAGAGGAGAUGAAGUGGCGUCAAUGGGCUGAUGAUUGGCUUGUGCACCUUAUAUCUCCAAACGUGUACCGGACCACCGGCGAGGCCUUGGCCUCCUUCGACUACAUCGUACGUGAAGGCAAGUUCGGUACUGUGGAAGGCUUCUUUGCUAAAUACGUAGGAGCAGCAGCAAUGUUCAUCAUCUCAAAACGAUUGAAAAGUCGACACAACCUGCAGGACGACGUCAGGCAGGAUCUGUAUAAGGCAGUCAACGACUGGGUGGCAGCAGUUGGGAAGAGCAGAAAGUUCAUGGGUGGAGAUCAGCCCAACCUGGCAGACCUGGCAGUGUUUGGAGUCCUCAGAGUGAUGGAAGGCCUCGAGGCGUUUGAUGACAUGAUGAAGAAUACCAAAGUUAAAUUCUGGUACAGGCGCAUGGAGAGAGCCACGCUCAACCACGAGGGUCAGUCACAAAGUCCUUCAAACCACUGAACCUUCAAACGGAAAGGGACCUCUGUGUUGGACUCUCAAACGCUGCCAGAGUCUGCAAAAAGUUGCACCACUUUGAUUAACUGGUUGUCUAAUUGCUGAAAUCCUGUGCAGAGGUUGUGGCUGUAUCUGGGUUAGUGACACCUGCAGGUGGACGUAGGAACUGCAUCCACCUCUUUAAGUCAAUUUUUUUUUCAGAAUACAGAAAAUGUGCAUUUAGACGUGAUUACUCCCAGUUAUUGUCUAGGAUUUAAAAAGUCAAAAUUAAAAUAUCAGCUCUGUAAAUUAGAAGUGGACACCUUACUUGUGUAAUAAAGAGUCCGCCAGUUUGGAUUUAUAGAUUAAAACAAAAAUCUAUCAUUAUUCUUAAGCAUUUCCCUCCUAACUAAAACACGAAAGAAAAACCUCUUUUCAAAAAUGCACACUUUAGGUCACUUGCAGGUUUAAGUUGAUCCAACGUAAAUCUAGAUGGUUUUCUUUUUUAGUGUAAAAGUUCAGAACUUUUAGUUUUUAUUUUUGUGAUUUCUUUUUCAGUUCGUCCUCAUAUGACAUUAAAAACAGCUGGUAGAUAUUUCCUUUGCUGUUUGCAGCAAGGACGAGGUUAGAUUACCUGCAUUUGUUAGUUUCUGUGUAACUGAUGCAGGAUAAGUUGGAAUGUACCUUGCUGCUUAAUGUAUUUAAACUGUAUGAAGCAAUAAAAAGCAAACCGUG